AUGGACCCUUCCGGGAAUGGCUAUGAUAUCUAUGACCUUUAUGAUUUGGGGGAGUUUGAUCAAAAGGGUGCCAUUUCGACAAAGUGGGGCACUAGGAAAGAAUUGGAAGAUUUGGUAUGCCAAGCUCAGGCUUUGGAUAUCAAGAUCAUUUGGGAUGCUGUGCUUAAUCACAAAGCUGGUGCUGAUUUUCCGGAGAGUUUUGAAGCAGUGGAAGUAGAUGCUAAGAGAAGGGAUAUUGAGGUAUCCGAGCCUCUAGAGAUAGAUGGCUGGACGGGCUUUGAUUUUCGGGGCCGUGGUGAUUUGUACAGUUCGAUGAAAUAUCACUGGCAACAUUUCACUGGCGUCGACUGGGAUGAUAAGCGUAAACACCAGGCAAUCUACAAAAUCCAUGCACCCCACAAGGACUGGGCCGCCGACGUGUCCGGGGAAAACGGGAACUAUGACUACCUCAUGUUUGCUGACCUGGACCUUUCUCACCCUGAAGUCCGCAAAGACACUCUACAAUGGGGAACCUGGAUUACCGAGACUUUAUCACUCAGCGGGAUGAGGCUGGACGCAGCAAAGCAUUUCUCUGCGAAAUUCCAAAAAGAUUUCGUGGAGCAUAUUCGCAGCACUGCUAAUCCGGAUUUCUUCGUGAUUGGGGAGUAUUGGACCGGGGAUGUACAGGCCAUUGUGGAUUACCUGGAAGAGCUCGAGCACAAACUUGCGGCUUAUGAUGUUCCACUCAUUGAAAAGUUCUCAAAGUUGUCACAUACACCCGAAGCUGACCUGCGUGGUAUCUUCGAGGAUACUUUAGUACAACGCAGGCCGGACCGGGCGGUGGUAAGCAAGUCUCCUUCUUCAGCUGGUCAUCAUUUGAUAUUCCAUAGACUAACUUUUGAAAAGACCAUUGUUGCCAAUCAUGAUACGGUAAGUGGCGCAGGUCGAGGCCUUCCCUUUAGGUUUUUUGGGCUCAUAUAUUGA